CUGAGAUACAGCGAGGAGGCCUUCAGCGCCAUGACUGCUUCAUCUAUGGCACACGGCGUAGAAAAACACAGCAGUGCGAAAGAGGAGAGGAAGCUGAGGAAGCCCCUGAUUGAGAGGAAACGACGCGAGCGGAUAAACAAUUGUUUGGAUCAGUUGAAAGAAACUGUCAUCCGCGCCUUCAGGCUCGAUCAACCCAAGCUUGAGAAAGCCGACAUCCUGGAGAUGACAGUGAAACAUCUACAAAACAUCCAAACUAAUCAAGUGAACGACCCUCUGAAGGCCCAGCAGAAAUACAGCACAGGGUACAUCCAGUGCGUGCACGAGGUGCACAGCAUGCUCCUCACCUGCGACUGGAUGGACAAGACUCUUGGCUCCCGCCUGCUCAACCACCUCCUCAAGUCCCUGCCCAGGUCCACUGAAGAGAGCGCCCUCCAGCCCACACCUAGACUUGAUGUCCCAAGUAUGGAGGGUCAGGGCACCCAACCCCCCAGCACCCACAUCAGAAAAGAGCAGAGGCAGCCCCGUCAAGAGCGAGCAAUGCUCCACAGCUCCCACUUAGGGAUGCUGGAGAUGUGGAGGCCCUGGUGAAGCUGUGAAUUCUAUCAGCAUCUUGUUAGGCCAUCGUCUGUUAUGUAUCUUAUAGAUAUGCUGCUCAGGAGACAAAUAUGUGGGGCAGUUUUGUUCCGAUCCAUUGUUGUUGUAGGUGUGCUCGACUGAUGCUACACAGACCUCCGCUUGGUACUUCCCUUCCGAAGUUGACUUCUCGUAGCCUGCAUUAUAGAAGGCUCUUAUUAAUCUUUCAUGUAUUUAUUGUAUUAACAUAAUAUUUAUUUGCUAUUAUAAUGUAUCUGCUGUCUUUCUUUUCCUGAAACACUUUCUUUGCACGGCGUAGGUUUGCAUGUGAUAACACCGGUGAUAAUAAAAAUAUUGCUUAAUACUGAGGGAUGCUUGCUGGCAUUUUGUUCAAUUCUAAGGUGUUUAUUUGAGCGUUUCUGCAAUGCGGUGACUGUUGGCGUAAUGCAGCGGUGUCCAGGCUAUCCACUGAGGGCUGCAUACUGAAAAAUCAAUCAAAAUGUUUCAUUUUGAUUGAUUUUUGCUUUGUGUUAUGAGCAGCAACAUUUCAACUGUUUCUCGUUACGUUACGCCUUUUUGCUCUUUUUUUCCCCCAUUUUUACGGUUGUUGUUGUUGAAUGUUGCAAAAAAUGAAAUAUUCAUGAUAUAUUUAAUUUAAUGUAAUUUUAUUUUUUUUAACACGUGCCUGCCCUGCAAUUGGCUCGC